GCCCCGAGGAUGCUGCGGCUGCGCUGCAAGGCCCGGAGCGGCUCGCACGCGCUGCCGGGGCUGUCGCCGCACUCCCGCCUCCGCGACAUGCAGGCCGCGCUCGCCGCGCUCACCGGAGUGCCCGCGCCCGCCCAGCGCCUCCUGCUCGGCUUCCCGCCGCGCAGCCUCGACCUCAGCGACGGCGAGCGGCGGCUGGGCGAGCUCGGCAUCCACUCGGGUGACACUCUGAUAGUGGAAGAGGACACAUCCAAACCCGAGCCCGGCUCGCCGGUGGUGGCCAAAAAAGCGAUGUCCCAGCCUGUGAGGGAAGCCGUGCCCGUGCUGGUCCGGAGGGUGGUGCCAGCAGACAAUUCCUGCCUGUUCACCAGCGUGUUCUACGUGGUGGAGGGCGGCGUGUACGACCCCGGCUGCGCGCCGGAGAUGCGCAACCUCAUUGCGCAGAUCGUGGCCAGCGACCCCGAGUCGUACUGCGAGGCCGUGCUGGGCAAAACCAACCGGGAAUACUGUGACUGGAUCCGCAGGGAGGAGACCUGGGGAGGAGCCAUCGAGGUCUCCAUCCUCUCCAAGUUCUACCAGUGCGAGAUCUGCGUGGUGGACACGCAGACCGUGCGCAUCGACCGCUUCGGCGAGGACGCCGGCUACAGCAAGCGCGUGCUGCUCAUCUACGACGGCAUCCACUACGACCCGCUGGAGCGCCGCCUGCCCUCCUCGGACCUUCCUCCCCAGACCAUCUUCCCCAGCAGCGAUGACGUGGUGCUGGCCCAGGCUCUGGAGCUGGCGGAUGAAGCGCGCAGGAAGAGGCAGUUCACGGAUGUGAAUCGCUUCGCCCUGCGCUGCAUGGUGUGCCAGAAGGGACUGACGGGGCAGCUGGAGGCCAGGGAGCACGCCAGGGAGACCGGACACACCAACUUUGGGGAGGUGUGAGCUCUCUCAGCAGCACGAGGAGGAUGCCAUCGACUACCUCAGCGCUCUGGAAUCAGAUUCUGGAGUCCCAGAUAAGCUGUUUGUAAUCAUAAAAUUCCGUUCACAGAGCUUGAAAAGCUUAUUAACUAAUUAACUAAAUUAACUUCAUGGUGGCCAACGCGCAGGUUUGGGAGUAGGGGAUUGGGAGUAGGGAUGGCACUUGGGCUGGUGGUGGACAGUGGCAGCCACACCUCGAUUGCAUCACCUUCUGUGUGUGUGUGUGUGUGUGAGCAGACAGGCACAGCCAGGCUUGUCCAACACUGCUGUAAAAUCCUCAGCCAGGAUUUUACACCAAUACUGAUGUAAAAUCCACCUCUGAGGUGCUGAAUGUGUGAUCUGAGCAGCCAGAAAAAGCCAGGCCUUGUAAAAUCCACCUCUGAGGUGCUGAAUGAGCAGACAGGCACAGCCAGGCUUGUCCAACACUGCUGUAAAAUCCUCAGCCAGGAUUUUACACCAACACUGCUGUAAAAUCCACCUCUGAGGUGCUGAUUGUACAUUUUCAUAGGAAUUCAGUUAAUCUGAGGCUUUGGCAAACACACAUAUCAGCAUCACUCACACUGAGAAUUGGGCUCUGCACAUAUGAGCAGCUCUCAGAGGGGAAACUGCUCGUGUGGUGCAUGAUUUAUAAUGGAAAUACCAAGUACAAUAUCAAAAAUACAAGUUGUAGUGGAAAAAGGAUCUCUGAGCUGCCCUGUACCAUCAGGAAUAGCCUGUGUAGUUUGUGUGCUGAGAACUUUAGGGAAAGCAAUGGCCUCUAAGCUUUAAGGUAGCCUUUAAAUUAAUGAGUAGAUGGAUAAGUGUUGAAUAAAACUUAUUAAUCCUCCGUAGGUAGUUUUUAGUUGCUUGAAAAAUAACUCUGAACCCCCUGGUGUUUACACUGCAUCAGAGCAUAAGCAUGUUGCCUGGAAUACUUGGGAUUCUUCUUCAUAAUAGCAUUGGGAAUUCCUGCAAGAGGGAAGUGACUAGUUAGGGAAGUGACUUCAUUUGCAUCUGUUAAUGAAUACAUUGAAUAUUUUACUUGAGUAGAGCCAAUUAAGGCCAUGGUGUUACUAAGCUGUUCCAGUUUCCAAAUACUGUGAAUGAGCACUUUAAGGUUGAGUUCUCACUCUUUGCUGGUAAAAAGUUUUUUGCCCUCUGAAGGCCAGAGCCAGAAGGGAGGCUUGAAAUUCCAUCUGCUUUCUGCCUUAAUGUGUUUGAUUUGUCACCACUGACUGUGGAGUAGCAAGACUUUCAUUGUGAUAAUGAAAUAUCACAGCUGAAUAUUCAGAUGAAAAUAAGCUGGGGAAAGUUCCCCACUCCUUGGACUGUUCAGAAUCAGGGAAGGUGAAAUUUAAGGUUGAAUUGGAAUUAUUUUACCUCACAGUGGGGUUGUGAAGCUUAACAGCAAGUGCUUUUGAGGGCUUUUAAAAGGUGCUGUAAAGGUGCAUAUUACUGAAGGGGAUUUAUGUUUUUUGUUUGUUUUUUUUUGAAUUUGAAAUGCCUGCAACACAUCCUUAUUUCUUGAAUUUUAAAAUAUCCUUUGCCUGCCAUUCUUCUGUUACUGUUUUGAGUGACCUUCCUUGCACUUUUAGACUGGGGAACAAGAAGGAGCAUCCUCAGACUGAGGCAGAAAUAAACCCCACGUGGGUUUAACCUGAAACCCAGUUUGAAAGGGCUCUGUUCCCUCAGGCACCCCACCAAACUGGUGCAGCCACAUCACCUUUUCUGCUAAAAUCCCAUUUCUGGUUCUCAGCAGAGAUCUUGAAAUACAGGAGGGUUUUACAGAAGAAAGAACAGAAUUACUUAAGUGCUUUGCUGAAUUAAGGCAUGAAUAAUUCAACAGCUCUAGGAUCACCCAGAGCACUGUGGACUGGGUUUGUUUUUAAUUCAGUAUUAAAACACACAUUAGCACUGGUAGGAGUUCCCUAUAGAAAGCCACUUAGCUUCCAGUGUUAAACCCCACUCUGCUUUUAGCCUGUCAUUAGGAAAAGAAGAUUAAACCCCCCCAAAAACCCAACAUUAAACCCAGCCCUGUAGAAGCUGAUGCUUAAAACCCUCCAGAAAUACCUGACAGCUCAAAGGAACUUGAAGAUGACACUGGAGCUGAAAUACUGGCUAGGAACGAGACCAAGGGACUGGCAAGCCCCAGGUGUGCUCUGCCUGUCCCAGGGCAGCAGGGACACCCUGGGACACGGAGCUGACCCUCCCCUUUGCCAUCUGCCACAUGGACACAAUACCUACCUCAGAGAGGUGCACCAGGUGUCUGAAACACAAGUGGAAGAUCCAUAUUUAUUGUCUGCCUUGACUUUGGGGAGCAACCUUUAGAUUUUAGCUUUGCGUCCUGGAUGGAUUUCUCUAAGUGUGUGAAACAUUUUUAUUUUUUUUUUUUGGUGUUUCUCAGUUGCAGUAUUUGAAAAAUGAGCUUUAUUUAAUCCAGAGUGUUGAGCUUUGCUAGAUUAUGUUUGCAUUGGGAAUUUGCUACCAGAGAAUCAGUUCCCUUGGAGGGAGAACGUGUCACUAUCACUGCUUGGAUGUUUCUCUUUUGUUGCCUAGAAAAAUAAAAUCUCUUUGGUUAAAAAAAGAUA